AUGUCUGCUGAAUACGAAGGUGCCAUUGGUAUUGAUUUGGGAACUACCUACUCCUGCGUUGGUGUCUGGGAGUCCGAGCGCGUUGAGAUCAUUGCCAACGAGCAGGGUAACCGUACCACCCCCUCUUACGUCGCUUUCUCUGACAGCGAGCGUCUUGUUGGUGAUGCUGCCAAGAACCAGGCUGCCAUGAACCCCAAGAACACUGUCUUCGAUGCCAAGCGUCUUAUCGGUCGUCGUUUCGAUGAUGCUGAUGUCAAGGCUGACAUGAAGAACUGGCCUUUCACUGUCGUCGACCAGAACGAGAACCCCUUCAUCCAGGUUCAGUUCGAGGGCGAGACCAAGACUUACUCUCCCCAGGAAAUCUCUUCCAUGGUUUUGAUCAAGAUGAAGGAGAUCGCUGAGGCCAAGCUUGGCAAGAAGGUCUCCAAGGCCGUUGUCACUGUCCCCGCUUACUUCAACGACAGUCAGCGUCAGGCUACCAAGGAUGCUGGUGUCAUUGCCGGUCUCGAGGUCCUCCGUAUCAUCAACGAGCCCACUGCCGCUGCCAUCGCCUACGGUCUUGAUGCCAACGACAAGAAGGAGCGCAACGUUCUCAUCUUCGAUCUCGGAGGUGGAACCUUCGAUGUUUCCCUCUUGACCAUCUCCGGUGGUGUCUUCGCUGUCAAGGCCACCGCUGGUAACACCCAUUUGGGUGGUGAGGAUUUCGAUAACACCCUCGUCAACCACUUCGUCCAGGAGAUCAAGCGCAAGCACAAGAAGGACAUCUCUGAUGAUGCUCGUGCUCUCCGUCGUCUCCGUUCCGCUUCCGAGCGCGCAAAGCGUACCUUGUCUUCCUUGACCCAGACCACUGUCGAGGUUGACUCUCUCUUCGAGGGUGUUGACUUCCAGUCCAACAUCACCCGUGCCAAGUUCGAGGAGAUCAACUCCACCAGCUUCAACGGUACCGUUGAGCCCGUCGAGCGUGUCCUCAAGGAUGCCAAGAUUGACAAGAAGAACGUUGACGAGAUCGUUCUCGUCGGUGGUUCUACCCGUAUCCCCAAGAUCCAGUCCCUCCUCCAGGACCUCUUCAACGGUAAGGAGCUCAACAAGUCCAUCAACCCCGAUGAGGCUGUUGCCUACGGUGCCGCCGUCCAGGCUGCCGUCCUCACCAACCAGGCUGGUAACGAGAAGACCCAGGACUUGUUGUUGUUGGAUGUCGUUCCUCUUUCCCUCGGUGUUGAAAUGCAGGGUGGUAUCAUGGCCGUAGUUGUUCCCCGUAACAGCCCCAUCCCUUGCCAGAAGUCCAAGGUCUUCACCACCGCCUCUGACAACCAGACCACCGUCACCUUCCCCGUCUACGAGGGUGAGCGUCUUUUGACCAAGGAGAACAACCUUUUGGGUGAGUUCUCUCUCACUGGCUUGAUCCCCGCCCCCCGCGGUACCCCCGAGCUUCUCUGCACCUUUGAUCUCGAUGCCAACGGUAUCUUGAAGGUCACUGCCCAGGACAAGACCACCGGUCGCAAGGCUGAUGUCACCAUCUCCAACUCUACCCGUUUGUCCGCUGCCGAUAUCGAGCGCAUGGUCAACGAUGCCGAGAAGAACGCCGAGACCGAUAAGGCCCGUGAGGCUGUUGUCCAGGCCAAGCAGGAUCUUGAGUCCUACGUCUACCAGGUCGAGAACCAGGUCUCUGACCCCAACGUCAACAUGAAGAUCCGUCGUGGUGACCGUGAGGCCAUCGAGACUGCUCUCGCCGAGGCCAUGGAGAUGAUGGAUAUCUCUGCUGAGGAUGGUUCCGCUGAUGAGUUCAAGGGUGCCCAGUCUAAGCUCAAGCGUGCUGCCACCCGUGCUUUCGCUCACGUCUACUCCCAGCGUCGUUAAAAAAAAGUGUUGUAUACUACACACAAUCCCACGAUUCCACACGAACACGCAACAAUAACCCAAACCGAAAACUCAAAACUCAAAACCCAAAAAAAAAAGAAUAAGCUUUUUCUAGUGCUUUCAUGCAUAUCUACUAGUAUUUUCUUUAUUUCUUUUUGUUUCAAUCUGCAUUUCUGUAUAAUUCCGAUCAAGUUAUCAAAAUAUAUAUUUUUUCUCUGUACAAAUGACAAACUAUCUAGAUUAAAUGUA